AUGGAUUCCUCGCUUCCAGUGCCGUUGGAUGCCUCGUGUACUGUCUCCGACGAGCACUCAGAGGUGAAACCUCAAGGAAGCUAUCGCUCAUCUCUGAAAGAUACAUGGAAGGUGGAACGCCCAUUGGGCAACAGUGAACUCUCUUACUUUCUUCCGUCUCGCGCGAGUGGCGUUAAUGACAUGUACCUUCACCUUGGCUUCGUUGCUCCAGAGCACGUCGUUCGCCGGGAACGCGUUCUUAUGGUCUGGGCAAUCCUUCGCAUUCGCCAUCCACUCUUGGCUUCAAAUGUCGUUAUGCAAGGUUAUGACGACGUCAAAUUUGUGUUCACCCCCCCGCAAUCUCCGGGAGAUGCUUUGGUCAACGCGGACUGCAAUUUGGAAUACAGAACUUCAACCAAAGAUGAACUGAUUGAUUCAUAUCUAAAUGGAGCACGAACAUUGUCGAACGAUCGCUUGUCCUAUCUUAUCGUGUCUCAAGGAGGCACAUCUCUACCUAGCCCCCCUAUAACGCCUCGCUCUAUAUCACCGUUCAAUGAAUGCGAAUCUCCUUCAUAUAAUCAUGACAGAGAUGGUAUGGCACUGCACCAACUUGCAAAUGACUUGUUUGGACUGCUCGGCGGCGACAAAACCAUUGCUGAACUUGAAGCUCAGCUGAAGGAAGAACUCAGCUCUCGAUGGGACGCAGACUCUACCAGGACUGCUGUAUUACCAAAUGCCCUGGAAGACAACUUCACCGUCAGUCCUAGUAAAUUGCGCAAUGCAGCUGAAAAGGUCGACUUCCAGUUGAGUCAGCGGAGACUUGUGGGCGGUCAUUCGUUCCGUCGACAGACAAAGCAGCCUAGGCAUACCAUUGUCCCGACUGUUUCCUUUGACCCUGAGCGGACGAAAAGCAUUCUGAAAAGAUGCAAAACGCAUGGUGUUUCCGUCUCCGCAGCUAUAUUCGCCGCUUGUAACAUUGCUUGGGCAAAAAUGUGCUCUGAAAAACAAGACUUGUCAAUGAUGAUGUACUCAGCUUUAAACCUGCGCCCAUAUUUCACGGUGAAGCCAGCAAAUGAUUCGUACUGGUUUCUUGCGAUCGGCUAUUUCAACGUGAUCCUUCCAACAUUUAUACCUCGGUCGAUCGACUUGUCCUCGGUAUUCUGGCAUCGGGCUCGAGUUGCAAAGGAGCAGAGCACCCAAGCUGCCAAAAACCGGAUGAUCGUGUCACGUAGUCUCUUGAUGGCUGAAGAGAGGGGACAACGGGCUCGUCUUUGGGCUAAAGAAGAUGAUGAAAAGGAACGUGGAACAUUUGUCCCCCCUCCUCCUUCUUCUGUUCCGGCCGCGGACACCGCACUACGCACACCUUCUGCCGCAUUGAUUGGCUUAUCCCUUCUAGGGAACCUCGAUGGCAUAUACAAACAUGGAACCUUCCCUGCUAUCAAGCUCCACACACUGACAACUGGUUCGCGGCAACGAUCCGGGGGCAUGUUGCUAUUUGGGUACACGUUCGCUGGCAAAUUGUGGGUCAGCCUCGGAUAUGAUGUAAAUGGAUUUGAUAAGGUAAUGGUGGAGCAGUUCUGGGAGCACAUGCUCCAGACAAUGGACGAUUUGCUUUUGAAAUGA